CUUGCGUCUCUCUCUCUCUCUCUCUCUCUCUCUCCCUCGCGCGCCCGCUCUAAGAUUCAACUAUGAACGGCGUAAUUCUUACCGAAAAGAAAUCAAUGGCGUCCAUAUUAGCAAAGCUUAACAAACACUCCACCAAUACCUGUGGAAGCUAAAAAUGAGUCAAGAUCGUUGAAACCAUGUCGCGUUGUAUGCGCGUCUCUGUCUCUCCUCCGCCGAUAACCAAGGAAGCCAAAAAUGGAGAGAGUUUGUCGGUCUUUUAUACCUUUUAUGUCCAUCUCUCCUCUCUCGGCUCUAUUCGCAGAGGCAUUUGGCAAGGACUUUGGUGUCGGCUGGUUGUAUAUGAGGGCUCAGGUCCUUCUGGCCUUUACUGCCUAAUCCACCAGUAAUACCCCCAAGAUGUCUGGGUCUCUCGCUCUUAGGCCAGAAGUUGAAUUCUCAGAGGAUGAGAAGAAGACUAGGGUCGGAUCUUUCAAGAAAGCCGCCAUGAAUGCUUCCCACAAGUUCAGGAACUCUUUGUCAAAAAGGAGAAGAAGUAGCAAAGUCAUGUCUGUCGACAUUGAGGAUGUGCAUGAUGCUGAGGAGUUGCAGGCUGUUGAUGCCUUCCGCCAAGCACUUAUCCUGGAAGAGCUACUUCCGGCAAAGCAUGAUGAUUAUCAUAUGAUGCUCAGAUUUUUGAGGGCUAGGAAAUUUGACAUCGACAAAACAAAACAAAUGUGGUCAGACAUGCUCCAGUGGAGGAAGGAAUUUGGUUGUGACACAAUAAUGGAGGAUUUCGAAUUCAAGGAACUUAAUGAAGUCCUGGAAUACUAUCCCCAAGGACACCAUGGAGUUGACAAGGAAGGCCGACCCGUUUACAUUGAGAGACUAGGCAAAGUGGACCCUAACAAACUGAUGCAGGUCACAACCAUGGACCGCUAUGUGAAAUACCAUGUGAUGGAAUUCGAGAGGACCUUUGCUGCUAAAUUCCCAGCUUGUUCAAUUGCAGCAAAGAAGCACAUUGACCAAAGUACUACCAUCCUGGAUGUGCAAGGAGUGGGCCUUAAAAAUUUCAACAAAGCUGCAAGGGAUCUAAUUACUCGCCUACAAAAGAUUGAUGGUGACAACUAUCCAGAGACCUUGAAUCGCAUGUUUAUCAUCAAUGCUGGCUCUGGAUUUAGAAUGUUGUGGAACACUGUUAAGUCUUUCCUUGAUCCUAAGACCACAGCAAAGAUCCAUGUUCUUGGCAAUAAGUACCAGAGCAAAUUGCUUGAGAUAAUUGAUGCUAGUGAGUUGCCCGACUUUCUAGGAGGUACUUGUACCUGUGCUGAUCAGGGAGGCUGUAUGCGGUCUGAUAAGGGCCCAUGGAAGGACCCAGAGAUCAUGAAGAGGGUUCAAAACGGUGAUCAUAAAUGUACAAGGAAAUCUGAGGCUCGGAACACUGAGGAGAAGACAAUUUCUGAGGAUGAGAUAGUGUACUCGAAGGGAUGUGACUCUUCACAUGAGGCAGGGUCUGACAUAGAAAAACUUCGAAGGGACCAAAUAGAGCAUCCGCCAAUUCAUGAAGAAGUCCACAUCAGCAAAAAGAGUAGUCAUAAUCACUACAAUUUUGAUAGCUUUCCAGUGGCUGAGAAGAUGAUGGACUCAAAUUGGCAAAAGUUGGUCGAUGCUGACAAGUUUGCCCUCGCCGAAGAUUGUUAUGCCAUGCAAGAUCAACGCAAAGUUGCCGAAGGGGGUAAUUCUCAGAUUUUCACUGGUGUCAUGGCCUUUGUUAUGGGCAUUGUCACUAUGAUCAGGGUGACCCGCAAUAUGCCCAAAAGGCUCACUGAUGCCACUAUCUACUCCAAUUCUAUUGGUUGUGAUGAUGACGUAGUAGUGAAAAGCCAGCCGGCUCCACAGAAACUACCUAUCCCUGCCAUAUCUGGCGAAGAGUUCAUGGUUGUGAUGAAACGCAUGGCUGAAUUGGAAGAGAGAGUGCGUAUCUUGAGCCUGCAACCUAUGACCAUGCCACCUGAGAAGGAAGAAAUGUUGAAUGUGGCCAUCAACCGAGCCAAUGUCUUGGAGCAAGAGCUUAACAUGACCAAGAAGGUAAUGGAUUUUGCCUUUGCAAACUUCUUAGCUACCUAGAUGAAUAGCCUGCGAAAUUA